GUAGCUAGCUCGACUAGAAACAGAAGAGAACUCAACGACUCCUGUCACACUGAGCUACAAAAGUGGUCGAAAAGAAGACUUUAAUUUACAGUUUAAAGGAAGAAAACUUAGUUAAAAGAAAGCGACAUGGCGCUCACCGACGCUGACGUCCAGAAACAGAUAAAGCACAUGAUGGCCUUCAUCGAGCAAGAGGCCAGUGAGAAAGUGGAGGAAAUUGAUGCUAAGGCGGAGGAAGAGUUUAACAUUGAGAAAGGCCGUCUGGUGCAGACACAGAGGGUGAAAAUCAUGGAGUACUAUGAGAAGAAGGAGAAGCAGAUUGAACAACAUAAGAAAAUCCAGAUGUCCAACCUGAUGAACCAAGCGAGGCUGAAGGUGCUGAAGGCCCGAGACGACAUGAUUACGGAUCUAUUAAAUGAGGCCCGUCUAAGACUUGCAGAGGUUGCUAAGGACCCUGCUCAGUACUCCAGACUGUUGGAAGGUCUGGUGCUUCAGGGAUUCUACCAGCUGCUGGAACCGAAAGUCACCAUUCGUUGCCGACAGCAGGAUGUGGAAAUAGUUCAGGCUGCAGUUGAUAAGAACAUUCCUAUUUACAAAGAGGCCGUGAAAAGUAACAUCAUCGUUAGAAUCGAUCAGGAACGUUUUCUUCCUUCUGGCAUCUGCGGGGGUGUUGAAGUUUAUAACGAUAAUGGGAAGAUUAAGGUUUCCAACACUUUGGAGAGCAGGCUAGAACUCAUGGCACAACAGAUGAUGCCUGAAAUUAGAGUGAACUUGUUUGGCGCCAACCCCAACCGUAAGUUCACGGAUUAACGGUGGAUCUGAGAAGAGCAGAGAAGACUCAGGUGGAAUAUCUAAGGUGACCACAGACCAUCUCCACAGUGAGAAACAGUCUGCAGAAGCACCUACCAGUCAGAGAAAGCCCUGAUAGGAUGCCAUGGACAAAUUAUUUUUUUUAUUCUCUGAUGGACUCAGUAAUAAUUCAACACUUUUAAUUAAGUUUAAAUGGUCUCUAUUUCACCUCUCCUGGGGUUUGCCUAAAGAACUGCUUUAUGUUUAAUUGGAAAUAUGCUUUCCUCCAAGCUGCAUCAUUAAAUCACCAAAGAUAUUCACGCGUA